GGGGGACACAGCUGCUCACCGUGGCCGCUGACUGUCCCUGCCCUUCUCUCCACAGAGCCGUGGAUCCCAGUUGGGCAGCUCUUCCUGAAGGUGCUUGGCAGCCAGCAGCCCCGUGGCUCUGAAGAGGCAGCCAGCUGCCCCCAGAUCACUGCAGCCAUCCUGCCACCCUCGCGGGAAGUGCCCGCCUGCCCGGGCCCCCCAAGACCCUGCCUCUAGCUGCGCUGGUGGGGGGCGCUGCCCCGCACCUGGCCGCGAUGGGGACUCUCUGAGCCGUGGACGCAGGCUUCCGGCUGGGUGUGGUGCCGCUCCUCCCAGACGAUGUGGCUGGCUCCGCGCCAAGGCCCCGCCACGUCCCCUGGACUCCCCGCGCCUGAGCUGGCGGCGGGCCGGGGCCUGCGCCUCGUCCUGGGUGUGCUGAGCCUGGCCGUGGUCGUGGCGCGCCUGGAGGGGCAGGCCUACUCUCCCACCGUCAACACACGCUAUGGGAAGCUACGCGGCGUGAGGGUGCCGCUGCCCAGCGAGAUCCUGGGGCCUGUGGACCAAUACCUGGGCGUGCCCUACGCGGCGCCGCCCGUCGGCGACAAGCGGUUCAUGCCCCCUGAGCCGCCUGCGUCCUGGUCGGGCAUCCGGAACGCCACGCACUUCUCGCCCGUCUGCCCCCAGAACAUCCACAGCGCCGUGCCCGAGAUCAUGCUGCCCAUCUGGUUCACCUCCAACCUGGACAUCGUGGCCACCUACAUCCAGGACCCCAACGAGGACUGCCUGUACCUCAACAUCUACAUCCCCACUGAGGACGUAAAGCGGAUUUCCAAGGAAUGCGCCCGAAAGCCCAACAAGAAAAUAUGUAGGAAAGGAGGAGCCAGCGCUAAGAAACAGGGCGAGGACUUAGCCGAUAAUGACGGGGACGAAGACGAAGACAUCCGGGACAGUGGGGCCAAGCCCGUGAUGGUCUACAUCCAUGGUGGCUCCUACAUGGAGGGCACCGGCAACAUGAUUGACGGCAGUGUCCUGGCCAGCUACGGCAACGUCAUCGUCAUCACCCUCAACUACCGCGUCGGCGUGCUAGGGUUCCUGAGCACGGGGGACCAGGCUGCCAAGGGGAACUACGGGCUGCUGGACCAGAUCCAGGCACUGCGCUGGGUCAGUGAGAACAUCGCCUUCUUCGGGGGGGACCCCCUGCGCAUCACUGUCUUCGGCUCCGGCAUUGGCGCCUCCUGCGUCAGCCUGCUCACCCUGUCCCACCACUCUGAAGGGCUGUUCCAGAGGGCCAUCAUCCAGAGCGGCUCGGCACUCUCCAGCUGGGCCGUGAACUACCAGCCAGUGAAGUACACGAGCAUGCUGGCAGACAAGGUGGGCUGCAAUGUGCUGGACACGGUGGACAUGGUGGACUGUCUGCGCCAGAAGAGUGCCAAGGAGCUGGUGGAGCAGGACAUCCAGCCGGCGCGCUACCAUGUGGCCUUCGGCCCCGUCAUUGAUGGCGACGUGAUCCCUGAUGACCCCGAGAUCCUGAUGGAGCAGGGCGAGUUCCUCAACUAUGACAUCAUGCUGGGCGUGAACCAAGGCGAGGGUUUGAAGUUCGUGGAGGGGGUGGUGGACCCCGAGGAUGGCGUCUCGGGCAGCGACUUCGACUACUCUGUCUCCAACUUCGUGGACAAUCUGUAUGGGUACCCUGAGGGCAAGGACACGUUGCGGGAGACCAUCAAGUUCAUGUACACGGACUGGGCCGACCGCGACAACCCUGAGACACGCCGCAAGACCCUGGUGGCACUCUUCACCGACCACCAGUGGGUGGAGCCCUCAGUGGUGACGGCCGACCUGCACGCUCGCUACGGCUCCCCCACCUACUUCUAUGCCUUCUAUCACCACUGCCAGAGCCUCAUGAAGCCCGCCUGGUCCGACGCAGCGCAUGGCGACGAGGUGCCUUAUGUCUUCGGCAUCCCCAUGAUCGGCCCCACUGACCUCUUCCCCUGCAACUUCUCCAAGAAUGACAUCAUGCUCAGUGCUGUCGUUAUGACCUACUGGACCAACUUUGCCAAGACGGGGGACCCCAACAAGCCAGUGCCCCAGGACACCAAGUUCAUCCACACCAAGGCCAACCGCUUCGAGGAGGUGGCCUGGUCCAAGUACAACCCUCGAGACCAGCUGUACCUGCACAUCGGGUUGAAGCCACGGGUGCGCGACCACUACCGUGCCACCAAGGUGGCCUUCUGGAAGCACCUGGUGCCGCACCUGUACAAUCUGCACGACAUGUUCCACUACACAUCCACCACCACCAAGGUGCCGCCACCCGACGCCACGCAGAACGCCCACAUCACCCGCCGGCCCAACGGCAAGGCCUGGACCACCAAGCGCCCUGCCCUGUCCCCCGCCUACAACAGUGAGGACGGCAAGGAGCCAUGGAGCCCGGAGCAGGAGGCCGGGACCCUGCUGAUUGAGAACCCACGCGACUACUCCACUGAGCUGAGUGUCACCAUCGCCGUGGGUGCCUCCCUCCUCUUCCUCAAUGUCCUGGCCUUUGCUGCCCUCUACUACCGCAAGGACAAGCGCCGGCAAGACACACACCGCCAGCCCAGCCCCCAGCGCAGCGCUGCCAACGACAUGGCCCACACGCCCGAGGAGGAGAUCCCCUCCCUGCAGGCCAGCCAGGCACACCGCGAGUGCGAGCCAGUGCCCGUGCCAGCCCACGAUGCCCUGCGCCUGGCCGCGCUGCCUGACUACACGCUGACCCUGCGCCGCUCGCCAGACGACAUCCCACUCAUGACACCCAACACCAUCACCAUGAUCCCCAACUCCCUGGUGGGGCUGCAGACCCUGCACCCCUACAACACCUUCGCCACUGGCUUCAACAGCACUGGGCUCCCCCACUCACACUCCACCACCAGGGUAUAGCUCCCCAGCCGCCCGCCUGCCCGCGCACACACGCACGCACACGCACGCUCGCUCACAGCGGACGCUGGGGCCGGGGUGGGGGCCCGGGCACUCCAACAGCGCACGGACAGGCUUGUCCAGCCCAGAGGGCAGAGCAGAGCCCCAGCUGGCGCACUGCGGACAGCAUGGGGGGGACAACUGGUGCCACCCCCAGCUCCUUCCUCCAUUUCUUUUUUAUUUCUCCAAGUGCUUUGACUCUACUGCGCUGAUGCCGGGGUUGUGGGGCGCAGCCAGAGCCGCACAGCAGGACUGACCCUAGGGCAGGGGCACGGCCCUUAUGCCCCGCUCCCUGCUAGGGAGCCCUGGCCACGCCGGCAGCAAAACGGACACACGCGAGGGGCUGCAGAGCCUCUGCCUUGGCCCACGGUCCGUUGGCCUCCCAGAGGCUGGGCCUCAUGCCAGGCAGCAACCCUGCCUGGCACAUGGGGCUGCCCAGAGCCCCUGGUCGCCUCCUGCCACGGGAGCCCAGGGGCGCCAGAAACUCGCCAUCAUCCAAAGUGCCGUGGAACACGCGCCCGCACUUUGCCGAGCCGCAGCGGCUGGGCAGGAGCUAGGGGGUGCCGUGCCCGCCCCGGGCUUGCCCCUGCCCGCUGUGCGCUGCAGAGAACCUCUUUCGUGCGGGCGUUUCUCUUUGCAGAGACGUUUUUUAAGCAGAUCUUUAGUUCUUUACACACUAACGGAGUCGCCGCGUUUUGUCCUUUGUAAAGAUUUUAAACCAAGUGUUCUUGAUAUAAAAUAAAAAAGCCAGUUAGAAUCCCA